GUUCGAUGAUCACGUGGUCUUGUUUAUGUCCGGUCUAUCUCUUAUCUGAAUAUACUGUAGAAAAGGAUAUCGGCAUAUUCUUCGAAACUGAACGACCGCCUCCUUUGUUCAUCAGCCAUUGUUCAUCGAUAGGUAGAUCAACGAAAAAUCAUGUCAUACAGCAGCCAAGUCGUAAGGACUCACAGAAAACAGGGUACAGUCUAGGUCGUCAGGAAAAGAAUCACACACGGAAGUCCAAUAAGAGCCAAGUCGUUAGAAAUAUCAAAGCAGCGAGCAAACAAACACAUCCGAACGCAACAAAUCGCAAUAGCAGAUUGAAGCGAGGCACUCAAAUGUUUCAUUUCUAAACCGGUUUGUGACUUUGAUACCUCAUUUGAAAGUUAAUGAAACGUAGAUAUUUUAAAAUUGUUUUGC